AAGAAAGAAAAAAGAGAGAGAAAAAGAGACAAAGAGAAAGAGAGAAAGAGAGAGAGAGAAAAGAGAAAGAGAGAGAGAAAAAGAGAAAGAAAGAGAAAAAGAGAGAGAAAGAGAGAAAGAGAAAGAGAGAGAAAGAGAGAGAGAGAAAGAGAGAGACCACUCAGCCUGGCGUCUGAUCUUCCCUUUGCCAAGGGUGCCACCCCCCAUCCCCCCCCCAUGGACGGGCAGACGGGCAGCCUCAACGCCAGCCUGAUCGGGCAGGACCCCCAGCUGCGCGGCAGCGCCUGGACAGCAGCUUUCCUCUGCUUCGUCAUUUUCCUGACCAUGGUCGGCAACUUCGCCCUCAUCCUCCUCAUCUUCAGCCAGCGUUUCCUGCGCAACACGUCCAACUUCUUCCUGGUGUCCCUCUUCCUCUCCGACCUGAUGGUGGGCCUGGUGGUCAUGCCGCCGGCCAUGCUGAACCAGCUGUACGGGCGCUGGGUGCUGGACGGCGCCUUCUGCUCCGUCUGGUUCUCCUUCGACGUCAUGUGUACCAGCGCCUCCAUUCUCAACCUGUGCGUCAUCAGCCUGGACCGCUACCUGCUCAUCAUCUCCCCGCUCAAGUACAAGCUGCGGAUGACCUCCGCCCGGGCCUUCUGGCUCAUCCUGGCUACCUGGACGCUGGCCGCCUUGGUGUCUUUCCUGCCCAUCAAAAUGGGCUGGCACAAGAUGGAGUUUGACCGUCAUCCGCUCAACGCUACCCUGCAGCUGGAAGAGGAGCAGUGCCGUCUGCUGGUCAGCUUGCCUUACGCCCUCAUCGCGUCCGGCCUGACUUUCUUUCUCCCCUCGGUGGCUAUCUUGUUCACCUACUGCCGGAUCCUGCUGGCCGCCCGGAAACAGGCCCUCCAGGUGGCGACUCUCACCAACAAGCCCAUCAGCGAACAAACUCAACAGGUUCCCCGAGAUCAGGGCCAAGGAAGCGGGUUGAGUCACCAUCGUAAGAUUGCCAACAAGCACAGCCGACGGGCGCUUAAGGCCAGCCUGACUCUUGGCAUCCUUUUGGGCAUGUUCUUCGUGGCUUGGCUGCCUUUCUUCGUCUGCAACAUGGCUCAGGCGGUCUGCAACUGCAUUUCGGCCGAUUUUUUCGACCUCCUGACCUGGCUGGGCUACUGCAACAGCACCAUGAACCCUAUAAUCUACCCGCUCUUCAUGCGGGAUUUCAAGAGGGCCAUGGCCAAGUACCUGCCCUGUUGUCCCCGCACAUGGGAACGCAGGCCCAGCCGGGUCUCGCUCUCCCUCAGGAAUUCCAACAGCGGCCCCCGGCCGGGGGUUUCCCUCAGGAACACCCUGACUCUACCAGGAGAAACGGACUCGGCCGAUUCCAUCGUCCACGGCAACGACCACAGCAGCCAAACGCUCAGCUUCCUCCCGCCUACCCGGGCCAACUCCGUUCACCUUUCCGAUGCCGAGCGGACGGAGCCGAAGUUGAACUUCAUCUAUCUGAACACGCCUUCGGACUGACCGCCGGCCCGACUUGGCUUCAGGUUGACCCGGCUGUUUCUGACCUGUGCUGGGCAUGGAGGGGAGAAUUCCACCGGUCAAGCAUCCAUGUCGUGUCCCACUCCUCCUCUGACGGCCGGGUCUGGGAAGUCUGUAUCAAGCGUGGCCACGAAGCCUCUGCAGCUUUGCCAAAUUCUUGUCAGAGUUCUCAGGGCAGGCAGGAAUCCAAGGUGUGACUUCAGCAACCAGAUGAGACUUUGCCUGACUCAAGGAAUGCCAAAAAGCAGAUCCUUUAUAUAGGCCAUGGGGCGUGGCUCCAUGACUCAGCACUUAUCCAGGCCUGCCCCUCCCUUCCUUUUGCUGACGUCGCCUCUCCAUUCUCCGGAAGUGGGGAUCUGCCCACCUUUCAUCCUCCUGCUCAGCUGCUGGCAAUUCCAGCUCGUGGCUGGCUUCGUGCUCACACGCUGUAGGAGGGAGGUUUGUUUGCUCAGUCUGUCCGGGCAUGGUGCCAGGGCUGGGGGCUGGAGGCAUGCCAGGCCAUUCUUCUUCACUAUCAGUCUCUGGCUCAGAUAGCAGGAGAUGGGAGGGGCCUGGAUGCAGAGAUGAGGGCGGGCGAGGCACAACAAUCCAGACCCACAAAUGUCCUUCCUUUCACCCAGAUUCAUCUUCCCCCUCCUCGUAUCUUGUUUUUUUUUUCUCUGCCUGCCAGCCUCGCAGCUUGGAUGGCUUCUAGCAUGAUUUCCUCCUCGCGCCCCGUUUGCACACGGUUGCAGAACACAGCCAAGUAAACAUAUGUGUGCAUGUGCGUGCGUGUUUAAGUGUUGUGGCCCACCAGUGGAGCUGGUGGCAGACUGACAAUGAGGAGGUUGGGGAGGAACGAGGGUCAGUCCUGGAGUCUGGGGAAGGCUCUGAUGAGGGCUCUGCGUCGGAGGCAGAGAUAGAGCCAGGGCCGUCUGACAGUUAGCAGCUACCUUUGGAGUUGGAGAUCAGUGGGGCAGAAGAACAACUGGAGCCUGUUCCCAGUGUGCGCAUGCGCAGAGCUGCCAGGGGAAGGGAACAGCUAAGGAACAAGGGUCGACUCAGGAGUAAAGCCACAGGUGGACGGUGAACGGUCCCUCCCGUAGGAAAUAAAGAGGAACGAAAGGGGAGUGGAGUUUGCAGGAGACUCAUUAGUUCAUUAGAGUUCAGUUCAUUAGAGUGAAGAUCUGUUCCUGACUUCUUGCCAAGUAUUGUCUGCUACCGAGUGGCCUUUGGAAGAUAUCGGCCUGGCAGCUCUCCAAGCCUGAUAAAGGUCUGUAGUUGUGAAAUUAAACUAAAUAAAAGGGUUUUUAUCGGGACGAGGAGCCCAGGUCAGAACAUUAAGAGGGAAGGACAGCCCAGUCCUGCCCCGGCUGUCAUUUUUUUUUACAUCCUGGAGUUACACCCAUUGCAACCUUCCCAUCCCUUCUCCCACCUACAAACCGGCCACUCGCUGCCCCAGCCUUCCCCUCUGCCGUUUCCCCCCAAAACCAGAAACCCCGUUUUCCACCUUGCACGCAGCGCCGAACAGGAAAGUUUUCCUUCCUUUUUUCUCUCUCCCCAAACCGGGAUUAGCGACAAGCGAGCCAGGAUAAUCCAUGAUUGCUUGCUUCACCUGCGCGCUGCUUAAUCCCGGCCUCCCUUUAAAAAAAAGAGAGAGAAAAAAUACAGCUGAAAUUUCAACGAUGCGCAAUAUUUCCCCUCCGCCGGAUUUGAGUGUUUUAUUACAUCCCUUUUUUGGCUGGGAAACCUGACGUUUCUAACACGAAAGGACCACCGGUUCGCCCACCCACCUCCUCCUUGCCCUUUACAGCUCUGGGCCAGUUCUCUGCAUUUUUUUAAACAAGCCACAGCAGCCUAUUAUCCCCAGCCUGCCUGCCUGCCUCUCUGAGCUACAUCGGACUGCAGAGUUGGAAGGAAUCGGGGUGCCAUUGCUAAGUCACACAAUUGUGUUCAGAUACAGAUUGAGAGAGUUGGAAGGGACCUUGGAGGUCAUCUAGUCCAAACCCCUGCGCAAGCAGGAGUCUCUAACACCGUUCCUGACAGAUGGCAGUCCAGUCUCUUCUUGAAAGCCUCCAGGGAUGAAGCUCCCACAGCUUCUGUUCCACGGAUUGAUUGCUCUCACUGUCAGAAAAUUUCUCCUUUAUUUCCAGGUUGAAUCUCUUCAGUUUCCAUCCAUCCAUUAUUCUCCUGCUUGGAUGGGUGGGGGGUUGGACUAGAUGACCUACAAGGUCCCUUCCAAUUCUUUGUUAAUCUAAAUCUGUAACCUUGUCCGGCCUUCGGCUGCCUUGGAAAUACAGGUUGCGCCCCUUCCUCCUCUCUGGGGCAGCCCCUCAAAUAUUGGAAGAUCCUAUCAUGUCUCCCUUGGUCCUUCUCUAAACUAGCUGUUGCUAUGAGAGGCCAUUUAAGGGCUUUCUAAGCCUGGUGGGUGAAAAUUUUCACUCCUGUUCACUACUGAACCCAAAGUAAGGUUAAGCCCAGUUUGUAUCCUUAACAUACCCUCUUCCCCAAAAAUGUGUGUUCGUUCACACGGACUUAGCUGGAAAACGGUUAGGGCGAAACGCAGUCUCCCUCUGUCCCCUUUUAAGCCUGCUUGCCUUUCGAUAAGUCUUUCGUAGGAAUUGAAAAUGUCAAAAGUAAAUAGAUUUGUCUCUCUUUAUGCCCGCCUGGUGUCUUUUUAGUCUUCUGCUCCAUCUCUCUGGCUACAGAAAAUAGCCGGUGCCGCCACAGAGCAGUGGAAUUGCAAGAAAAAUGCUCUAUUUGUGUUACGAUUAUUGCUCCCGCUGCCAACGCCAGGGCCCUACUCUACUCUGAGCGGCACCCAAGGGACCUGAUAAAAUGUGUUGUGUUUUUUUUAAAGGGGGAAGAGGAUAUGGAAAGUACAAAUUAAACUUAACCUGACAGCAAAGGCCACUUUGGCAGAGGGGAUAGGCAGCCUUUCCUGGGCCGCUUGUUAAUUUUUUUCCCUCUCUGCUUGGAUGAAGACUCAAAACGUCGAAGCAUUUAGGAAUGAAAUAAUAGAAAAGAUAAAAAUUACAGAUUUAACGUUGUCUUCUAAAAGCGCAGAGUGGCUGGGGAAGGGCAGGGAGUUCGCCCUCUUGUGGUCACUAACAGACAUGGCAACUGGCGAAGAGAUCCAAGGUAUUGCUGUUAUUACUUGCAUGCAGUCUUGUACAAGAACUUUCAAACAUGUGAUAUAUUAUAUUAGCAGGCCAUUCAGAUACAGAUUAAGAGAGUGGGAAGGGACCUUGGAGGCCAUCUAGUCCAACCCCCCGCGCAAGCAGGAGACCCUACACCAUUCCUGACAGAUGGCAGUCCAGUCUCUUCUUGAAAGCCUCCAGCGGUGAAGCUCCCACAACUUCCGAAGGCAACUUCUGUUCCAUUGUUUGAUUGUUCUCACUGUCAGAAAAUUCCUCCUUAUUUCCAGGUUGAAUCUCUCCUUGUUCAGUUUCCAUCCAUUGUUCCUUGUCCGGCCUUCAGGUGCUUUGGAGAAUAGCUUUGACCCUCUCCUCUCUGUUGCAGCCCCUCAAGUAUUGGAAGAUGCUAUCCUGUCUCCUCUGGUCCUUCUCUUCACUAGACUAGCCAGGCCCAGUUCCUGCAACCGUUCAUCGUAUGUUUUAGCCUCCAGUCCCCUCAUCAUCCUGGUUGCUCUUCUCUGCACUUUUUCUAGAGUCUCAACCUCUUGUUUUAUAGUUUGGUGACCAAAAUUGGAUGCAGUACUCUAGGUGUGGUCUUAUUAAGUCUUUAUAGAGUGGUAUUAGUACCUCCCUUGAUCUUGAUCGUAUCCCUCUGUUAAUGCAAUUUAGGAUUGCAUUGGGUUUUUUUUUGCUGCUGUUGCACACUGCUGGCUCAUAUUUAAUUGGUUGUCCACGAAGACUCAGCCUUCCAUCCUUUAUAAGGUAGGUAAAAUGAGGACCCAGAUUGUUGGGGGCAAUAAAAGUUGACUUUGUAUAUAAUAUACAAAUGGAUGAAGACUAUUGCUUGACACAGUGUAAGCCGCCCUGAGUCUUCGGAGAAGGGCGGGAUAUAAAUGCAAAUUAAAAAAAAAAAAAAGACUCAAGGAUCCCUCUCACAGUUACCGCUAUUAAGCCAGGUUCCCCGAAAAACAGUGCGUGCACUUUUGGUUUUUCUUGCCUGAGACUUUGCUCAGUGACCGUUCAAAGUUAAAACAGCACAGAAAAAAAAGUGACUUACAACUGUUUUUCACGCUUCUAACCAUUGGAGCAUCCAUCCGUGGGCACAUGGAUCAAAAAUUCAGACACGUUGGCAACUGACUCGCGUUUAUGACGGUUCCACUGUCGUCAGGGGUCAGGCGAUCCCCUUUUGCGACCUUCUGACAAGCCAAGUCCAUGGGGAAGCCAGAUUCACUUAACAACCGUGUGACUAGCGUUAAGAACUGCAGUGAUUCACUUAACGGCCGUGGCAAGGAAGGUGGUAAAACUGGGGAGAAAUCCACUUAACCCAUGUCUCCCUCAGCGACAGAAAUGUUGGGCUCAACCGUGGCCAUAAGUCGAGGACUGCCUGAAUCCUUGUUAUCAACCCCUUUAUUUUCUGAUCAGUACCUUUCGAAACGCGAGUUCGGAUGACGACGGCGUCUCCCAGCCAAGAGAGCUGGGAAGGGCAGAAAAGCCUGCCCUCCUGUGGACACCUGUGGUCACUGCAGCCUGCAUCAACAGGCUAACACAAUUCAAAAAUUAAAAAUGAAAUGAAAAUUGGCAAACAGCUGGAGAAACAGUGGUGGGAUUCAAAAAAUUUUUACUAUUCGUUCUGAGGGCUUUUAAUAUUGGUGGGCAUGACAGGGGAAGGAUACUGCAAAAUCCCCAUUCCCACCCCACUCCAAGGGAAGGAUACUGCAAAAUC